AUAAAACAAAUACCAAUAAAACAAUUACCGAUAAAACAAAUACCAAAUGUAAUAAGAGAAGAACAAAUAAGAGAUGAUCGGAUAAUUGGAGUAUUGGAAAUAAAUGUACAAGAAGAAAUAUGUUCUAUAUGUUUAACAGCAUUUGAUAUUGAAAAUUUAGAUGGAGUAGUGAUACCAUGUCAAAAUAAUCACAUAUUUCAUUUUCGUUGUAUUGAUCGAUGGAGUCGACGUGUAAUUACUUGUCCUAUAUGUCGUGUACUAUUACAGCCUGAUGAAUUAUGGAGAAAUGUAGUACCAGAAAAUAUAUUGAGACCGGAUGCGAUAGCUUUACAAAGAUAUAGAGAAAUUCAAGUAAAUGAUAAUCGAAUACUACAACAAAUAGUUAUUGAAGAAGAAGAAGAAUUCAAUCAACAAGAUGUUCUAGAAUGUCCUAUUUGUCAUAUACCAUUACAUCAAGGUGGAAAUGUUAUACAAUUAUGUAAUAAUUAA